GAAAGAAGCCAUCGAGAUAGACAAGGAGUUAUUUGACGACUAUGCCUUCAGUGUAGACCAAUUAAUGGAACUAGCUGGACUAGCCUGUGCUACGGCUAUAGCCCAGGCCUAUCCUGCUAGCAGUAUGGGCGGAGAUCCGACGGUACUAAUCUGCUGUGGACCAGGAAACAAUGGUGGGGAUGGACUCGUCUGCGCUAGGCACCUUAAAUUCUUUGGUUAUUUCCCAACCAUAUUCUACCCCAAACGCCCUGAUAAGAAGCUCUUCAACAACCUGACGACGCAGUGUGCCGCCCUGGACAUCCCUUUCCUCUCCUACCUCCCGUCAUCCUCCCUCAUCAAUUCUUCCUAUAACUUUGUCGUCGAUGCCCUCUUCGGCUUCAGCUUCAAGGGAGAGGUGAGGGCGCCGUUCGGCGAAGUCCUGGAGAACCUGAAACACAUCAGCAUACCGCUGUGUAGCAUCGAUGUCCCUUCAGGUUGGGAUGUAGAGAAUGGAAACCCUGAUGGUCUCAAACCAGAGCUACUCAUCUCACUGACGGCACCUAAGAAAUGCGCUAAGCUCUUCCAAGGAAAAUAUCAUUUUCUAGGUGGUCGCUUCAUACCACCCGAGAUGGCAAGUCGUUAUGAACUCUCACUACCCGACUAUCCGGGUACAGAUUGUAUCGUACAGUUAAAAUGAUGGAUCGAUCCUUCAGAGUGACAAGAGACCGGAAAUGAAAUAUGCGUACUAAAAUUGAGAUGUAUAGUUAGGUUGAAGUGUUGGGAAUGGAACUGUGUGAAUUCCUGUUAAAUAAAAGGACAAUGAAAUAGGAAAUACCUAAUGAAGAACAAAUUUGCAAACAGUGUGAUGUAUAGUUAAGCUGUGACAUAUCAAUCAGAUUUUUCAACUCGAAUUUUCAGUUCUACUGCAUCUACAGUGCAAGAGAAACAUCUUGGCUUGUUCGUGAGCCACAAAACUGUACAAUGUGAUAAACUUGGUAAAGUAAUGUGUCAAGUGUUUAAUUACCUCCUGCAGUUUUGAUUUAACAGAUUUAUUUUCCUUCACCUCAAGUCAGAAUAGACUGUAUAUCUAAUUGAAAAUGACUAUGAGAGAAGAGGCUUGAGACAAUUGCAUCAAAAUAUCAUUAUUAGAUUAUAACUAAAACAUGGGAAGAAAGUGAAAUGAUCGAUUUAGCACGUUUAUGAGAAGGAAUUUUCUCAGAUGUAUUCAUUGUACCGUAUACUGUCCAAAACAAUGAUGUGUGUUAUAUGUAGUACUUUUAUAGAUAUAUUGUACAACGUUUUUUCCAUUAAGUUUCUUACAUAAAAUGCACAGUAAAUCAUUGAUAUUUGUUUGUCUUUUUUAAAUUCUAGGGCAGAAUUGGAAUAUGAUUAGUAUGUAGAACAAUAGAAACAGAAAAAUGUAAUAGUUUUUUUUCUCAAAUUGAUAAAGCAUGCAUUAAUAUUGUAUCAUUAAUUUUUAAUUAACUUUUUAUAGUUUACAUUUCAUUUUCUACCAUUGCUUGUACUCAAGGUUUAUUAGUCAAAGACAGGCUGAAAUUUUAUAAUUAAGAUCAGCAACUUAGUCAACCUGUUUUUAAGUGAACUACAGAUGGCACACUAACAUUCUGCAGCAAGAGCCGAAUACAUUUUGGUAUUAUUUUAAUUUUGUUUGGAGCUGAAUACUACUUUCUUGACAACUUCCUAGGAGCCAAUAAGCAUCAAACACAGUAAUUUUAAUUUCUUGAAUUGAAUAUAUUUUAUUCUAUAUAACUUUUAUCAAAGGUGUAUGUAAAGCUAUGGUCCCCGGCUCUUAGAAAUUAUUUCAAACUAUGUGGGUUUUUCAAACUUGAAGAUCCAUUUUUUUUUUGUUCAAUACUUUUUAGGUUUUUAGUAUAAUCAUCUUGAGAGGAGACAUUGAUCUAUAAGUAUGUUUAUGGUUAUAAACUUUUUGUAAAGUUUUUGUGAUGGUGAAAGCAUUUUGAAACUUGCCUUCUGUAUUAAAUGUAUGUGAGGUAAUUUGGAAUAAAUCGUAUAGAAGUAUA